GUGCGCGCGCGCGUGUGUGUAUGUGUGUGUGUGUGUGUGCGCGCGCGCUACGAAAGCAGCCUGUUAUGCACGCGCGCUUACUUCUGCCUCGUUGACACACGGGCGUGCUAUUUUAAACCGCAACACUGCCAAAAAAACCCCGUUUACUAUAUCGCAAACAUUUAAUUCUGCAAACAAUAAUUCAUACGGAUUAUUUAGUUAGAGCUGCAUGAAGAAGAACCGAGUGAUGGCAAUGUUUCUGACCAAGGAGAUAAUCUUGAUGUUUCUUUUCCUUGGCAGCGCAGCUUCUCUACAAGUGAGCAUUAUACCUGCACAAGGAGAAGUCAGCGUCGGGGAGUCCAAGUUCUUUUUGUGUGAAGUUGUCGGGGCAGUGAAGGGAAUCGACUGGAUCUCACCGAGCGGAGAGAAGAUCGAAUCCAGCAGGCAGGACAUCACGGUGAUCCGCAGCGACGAGACCUCCUCUACGCUCACUAUCUACAAUGCAAACGCUGAUAACGCCGGCACUUACAAGUGUGUAGCCAACAGCGGAGAGCAGCAAGCUGAGGCUACAGUGAACGUGAAGAUAUACCAAAAAAUCACCUUUAAAAACGCCACAUCGCCACAAGAGUUCACCGAAGGGGACGAUGCCGUUAUCAUAUGUGACGUGAUUAGCUCCCCACCUCCCACUAUCACAUGGAAACACAAAAGGGCAAAAAUCCAGUUUGAUAAAGAUGUUCGAUUUAAGACUCUGGAUAACAACCACCUGCAGAUCAGAGGGAUCAGGAAGUCGGAUGAAGGAGUGUACACCUGCGAGGCUCGCAUUAUGGCUCGAGGCGAGAUUGACUUCCGUGAUAUCAGAGUUGUAGUGAACGUUGUUCCCACUAUCAGAGUGCGACACGCCGAAGUGAACGCCACCGCCGAUAUUAACCACUCAGCCAUGCUGGCCUGCGAUGCAGACGGCUUCCCCGAACCCACAAUCACAUGGACGCGUUCUCCCAGGAGCGAGGUUCUUCUAGAGAGCGGGAACAAGUACGGCUUCAAUGAAGAUGGCUCCGAGAUCACAAUAAUGGAUGUGAAGAAGUUGGAUGAGGGAGAUUACACCUGCAUCGCCAGGAACAAAGCCGGGACGAGCGAAGAAGAAGUCAGCCUCCGAGUUUUCGUGAAACCCAAAAUCACCUACUUGGAAAACCAGACCACUACGGAAAUGGAGGAGCAGAUCAGGCUGACGUGCGAAGCCACGGGAGACCCUACACCCAGCAUCGCGUGGAGCUUCGGUACGCACGUCUUCCCCGAAGAAGAACAGGAGCAUCUAAAGAGGAUUUAUCAGGCAUCUUGGACUCGACCCGAACAACACAAGAGUGAAGAUGGAAGUGUGGUGGUGCGCAGUGACGCUCGUGUCUCCUCUCUGACACUAAAGUACGUCCAGUACACCGACGCCGGACAGUAUCUCUGCACGGCCAGCAACGCAGUAGGCCAGAGCUCCCAGUCCACGUUCCUAGAAGUGCGCUACGCGCCAAAAAUCCUGGGCUCAGUGACAGUCUACACGUGGGAGGGGAAUCCUGCCAACAUCAGCUGCGAGAUCCUGGCUCACCCCAGUGAUGUGUCUAUCAUGUGGCUGCGAGAUGGCCUCCAGCUGCCCAACGCCAACUCCACCAACAUCAAAAUCUAUACCACCCCUACUGCCAGCUACCUGCAGGUUAACCCGGACUCCCAGAACGACUUUGGCAGCUACAACUGCACUGCUUCUAAUGAGAUCGGGACCGAGUCCAAAGAGUUCAUCCUGAUUCAGGCUGACGUUCCCUCGGCUCCGAGCCUCGCUCAGGUGAAGCCUUACUCAAGCACAGCUGAGGUACUGUUUGAUGAACCUGAAGCUCUUGGAGGAGUUCCUGUGCUCAAGUACCGUGCCGAGUGGAGAGCAGCCGGGAAAAACAACUGGGUCCAGCGCGUCUACGAAGUCCGAGCAGAGCUGAGAGCAAUCACAAUCACGGGCUUAAAACCAGACACGAAGUACGAAGUCAAGAUGUCUGCUAUCAACGGCAAGGGAGAAGGCGAGAGCAGCUCUGUAGCCGCCUUCAAGACAGAGCCUGUUCGGGAACCCAGUCCUCCGAAAUUAGAAGGAGCUCUACAGUCCAAAGGCAAUACACUCAAGCUCAAGUGGAUCAAGCAAGAUGACGGUGGCUCGCCCAUCACACACUACCUCAUCCGGUACAAAGCUAGAGAUGAUUUGGCCUGGAAAGAGCUCCGUGUCCCAAGCACAAGUGGAGACACAGUCCUUAGCGACCUGGACUGGAACACAGAGUACGACGUGACGGUGGUGGCCGAGAACCAGCAGGGCAAGUCAAAGCCUGGCUUGCUGAACUUCCGCACAUCCUCUGAGCCGUCCGCCACCCCAGACUACGUGGAUGGCCCAAGCCUGAGCACAGGGCUGAUUGUUGGGAUCCUCAUCCUGGUGUGUGUGGUCUUGUUGUUGGUCGUCGACGCCACCUGCUGCUUUGUCAACAAGUGCGGCUUGAUAAUGUGUCUCUGCGGCAAACCCGGGACCGGUCCAAAGAGCAAAGACGCAGAGGCAGGGAAGGCUGCGUUUGUGAAGGAGGACUCCAAAGAGACAAGGACUGAGGAUGGACUCACAGCCAAUCAUGAUAUAGGAGGACACGCUGAACCAAAUGAGACCACGCCCUUAACUGAGCCAGAGCGACAGACAGAAGUCGCGUCUACCGUGGUGGACCUCCCUCUGUCCUUGGCCACCAACUCAGACACAGUCACUGACACAUUUGAUCUGAGUCAGAGCAGCCCUGUUAGUGAGAGCACCACCCUCACCUCCAGCCUCACAGCUCCUCCCUCUGAGCCCAAAUCCACCCCUAAAACCUGCUCCCAGCCCUUAGACACUUCACUCAUGUCAUCUGAUCCUCCCUUAGUCGAUCUGGCUGAUUCUCAGACCGGUAAUCAAUCAGCUGGUCCGAUUAAAUCUGCAGAACUUGACACUCAGGCUUCACCUCCUCUUGCUCUUAGCACAGAGAAAGAAGCCAGAGAUCUGGAGGCAGAGCCAAUGCUUUUAGAAGAGCCCAGAAUGCUUGUCACUAAUCCACAGACCAACGGAGCUCCUCCCUCCUCAGAGGGUCUCGAGCUCCAAAUAGAUGGCGGUGCCUCACUAACAAAUUUCCCACAGGAUGGCUUACACUCUCUGGCUACAGCUGAUCCGUCGGCUCCGCAAAACGAAAAAAUCCUAGAGGACGGGGAGAUUAGAGCUGAGGAAGACGAGCUGAAGAAGGUCCAGCCGGAAGCACUGGCAGAACCAAAUGCGAUAUCACAAACGAACGCCUCUGAGACUAAGGCAUGAUCCGGCAAGCCCAAAGACGAAAACGGCAGCGUCACAACGAACACGCAAAUGUUCUUUCUACAGUGCCCUUAAUGAUUUUCUUUUCUGAAACAGAAGCUUGUUACAUUUUUAAGACUGAAAUUUGGUGUACAUUAUAUAUACAUAUAUAUAUAAAUAUAUAUAUAUAUAUAUAUGCCUUUUUUCCAUUUUGUGUUCCUUUCUGUUAAAUGAAGUAAAACCUCAAAGCUAUUUUUGUUGCUCUUUUUCUUGAGUUUGAUGCAAAUUACAAGUUUAAUAGUUAUAAAAAAAUAAAAAAGAAAUGGGUGUUUAUGAAAACCAGGCAUUUUGCAUUCAGGUGAAUCACAGCGCUUAUUCGCUGAUGGUCUAGAUUUAAUUUUAUUUUAUUUACAUAUUUGUUGAAAUGGAAAUGAUUAUUCCAAUCCAGUCUUCUGAGGGCUACUCUUGUUUACAGUCUGUUUUGUUCUUUUUCUUGUUUGUUAACCAGUGUGUUUGAAAAGUGUAAUGUAAAAACCUACUAUUCUACCUAAAUGCAGUAAAACACAGCGAAUGAGUGCUCUUCUAAUCACCAGAUUCUUUUUUAUUUUUUUCCGCAUCUUCAUGUUUUGUUAUUAUUGUUAUUCUUAAUGCUUCUCUGAGAAACUGGGAUUUUUUUUAUGCUAGUGCAACUUCUGACUUCUGAAAUCUGACCAUUUUUAUACCGUGUACCUCCAGGUGAAACGUUUGUAUUACACAGCUGACUGCAAGCUUGUGCACUGUGUUUAUGUAUUCUGUACGUUUUUUUUUUGUUGUUGUUUUUUUUUUUUGAGAAUAUCCGCCUAGCUUAAUGGUGAAAGGUAGCUGAUUUUACUUUGAUAUAACAUUAUGUAAAUGGAUAGCUGACAUCUGUCUUUGUAAAGAGGAUCGAUACCACGCUCCUUACAUUUAAAGUGUUCUUGAUUCUCCACUAUCAAUUGCAUGAGUGUGCUUGCCCAUCACUGAUGUUCCAGGAAAAGUGUAGGGCACAGAUGGUGGAUUUGAUCUUCUGUAUAUGUGCAUGCCCAGAGCUGUGUGUAGGUUGAUUUUUUGGUGUACAGCGUGCUAUAUAUUUCCAUCCAACGGCAGAUAUCCAGCCUCUGGGAUACAAAUAACGACAGUGUAAACUAUCUGUGCUCAAGAUAUCUAUUUUCUUUUAAUAUUUUCCCCACUUUCAAUAUACUCUAACCAAACAGUGUACCUUGCAUUUCCGAGAAGGAUUCAUUUAAGGAAGUAACGUAGGACAGUGAGUAAAACCGUGCUUUAUUCUGUUACGCAUCAGAAACCUGUUCUAAGUUGUGUUGUUCUAACACAUUUUGAUUAAACUCAUCGAAA